UUCCUUUUUUUCUCUUCCUCUUUGGUUUGGUUUUGGGGAGAGAAAUUUAGUUUUUGAUUUUGAUGAUGUGAUGAGAUGAUUGGGAGGAAGCAAGCUUUGUAUACGUUGUAGGAAAAGGAGGAAGAAGAAGGAGAGGAAGAUCUUAGAACACAAAAGCUUGGGAAGAGAGGAAAAGGGAGAGGGAGAAGAGAGAGUGUAAGGAUUGAUUGGAUAGCCCAGUUGGGAAGACCUAAAGGCGAGAGCUCCUCCAGGGCGGGGGAGAAUCUUUGGGGAGUUUUUGGAUUGCUGGCAAUGUAGGUGGGAGCCCAUCAAUCCGAAUUGCGACGAUAUGGGCGAGCGGUGCUGGCUGGAAAUGGAGAGCUUCCCUGCGAGGCAACGGUUUCACGUAGAAUCCGAGCGAGGGAGUGUGGAGGUGUCUUGGAGCAAGCUCCAGAAGCUCCUGCCCACCAAUGCUGUUGCGACGAGUGCUAAUCUCCUCGCCACCACCAGGCCUGGAUUGGACUCUCGAAUCGCUCCAGAGGUGGCUGCUGCGCACAAGGAUGGGCGGAUGAACGCCGUGAUCGAGAAGAUCGAGAGGCUCUACCAGGGGCAUUCCGAGGAUGACGAAGGUGGCGACGAGGACGAUAAGACGACUUGCGUGCCCGCGGAGGAAGAUUACGACACGGAGGAUACUUUCAUCGACGACGAAGAUCUGGACGAGUACUUCGAGGUGAAUAGGACCAAGACGAAGCACACGGGCUUCUACGUCAACAAGGGAUCGCUGGAGAAGAGGGCUGUCGAGGGGAAGAGUUUGGAUGAAGCUUCUGGUCUCAAAGUCUACAAGAAGAGGAAGAGGCCGGCGCAGGAGAGGCCGCCAGCGUCGAAGAAGGCUAAGAGCGACGACGAGGACGCAGUGAAAGCUCCACAAGCGAACAACAAAAAAGCGAGCUUCACUAAAACGAUCAAGGCUUGCGCAACCAAGGGCCCUCUAGCAGAGCGAAACAAUGGCUUGUGUAUCGAUCCCAGCAACACCACCAUUGCCAGCGACGAGAUCAAGACUCCUCCGAAGGAAUCGAGUCCGGGAAGGAAGACUGGGCCGAAGCUCACGAUGCUGGACAGGGCUAUUCAGGAGCUGGAGAAAGAAGUGGCGGACCGAUGUCCACCCUCGAUGGAGAAGAAUCACGAAACCGAGUACAAGAAGCGGAUACCAAAGGAGGUUAAGGCACGGCUCGCCAAAGUUGCAAGGCUAGCGCAAAAGCAAAGCAAGAUCGGCCCGGAAGAGCUCCUCAACGUCCUGAUGAAGAUCAUGGGACACUUGAUGCAGAUUAGAUCUCUCAAGAGAAACUUAAAGGAAAUGGCUGAACUUGGAAUAUCGGCACAAAAGGAGAAGCAAUCUAAGCUGGAGACAAUGAAGAAGGAAAUCGUGGACAUGCUGAAGUCUCGAAUCACUCCACAACAAUCAGCACAGCAAUGCGAAGAGGCAACCUGCGACGGACGCUACAGAUGGGAUGCGCCAACCGAGGACAGGAUCAGCGAUUUCUACGAGCUCUACGUCGAGGGGAUUGACGAGCACAAAUCCGCAGCAACCAAGAAAUUCUACGCCGAGCUUGCGGAGCUAUGGCCGGAAGGUUGGAUGGACAGCAAUGGCAUUAAAAACGCAGUGCUUCGCGCCAAGGAGCGAAAGAAAGGAGCCAUGAAACAGGUCCACACAUAUGAUCUCUUUCCUUUUCUAACAUCUCAUACGUUCCAGGCAAAGUUGGACGAGAGGAAACGCAAGAAGGCGACGGUGACGACGCCAAAAUCCGUGAAGAAGCUGGAGUCUCCGCCAAAAACUUUGGAGCUCCAAGAGCACUACCAAGAACAACGUAGGGAAGAACACGAGGAAGCUCGCGAAGAGGUAGUAGUAGAGGGUGUGAGGAGCUCCAUGUCCAUAGCUGUGAUGAAUCCCGCUAGCAGCACCACGCCGUGGAGAGAUUGUCCAUCCGGGAAUGGAGGAGUAGUGAUGCCAAGCUCGCUCCGGCAGAUCAAGCGAAAGUUGCUAGACAAGGCGAGCAACAGGAGCUUCUGCGAUAGCAUCACUCCUCCUCCUUCCUCGUUGAUGUGGAUGGUCAAGGAUCCAAAGCCUGGCUGAGUGGUGUCUCAAAGUUUUUUUUUUCUCUUCUUGGCUGAUGGAACACUUGUUUUGGAUCCAGGGAGUGGUGGUUUAGAAGAGGGGGAGUUUUUUCUUUUACACGGUCUGUGCAGAGAACAAGUGAGAGCGCCAUUUAAAGUUUUGAUACUUUGUUAACAAGAUUAUUUUGUAAGCUCGAAAGUAUAGAAUACAAAAAAAAAAAAUCGAUCUUA